CAGCAGCAGUAAUAGCAGGAGCAGCAACAGAAGGCGUCGGAGCGGUCGUCGGAGCUGCCCGCUAGGGGAAAGAGAAAGAGAGAGAGAGGGAAAGAAGCGGGGCGAGCAAGGAGAGAGAGCCCGAGGCGGAAAAGUAACUGUCAAAUGCGCGGCUCCUUUAACCAGAGCGCCCAGUCCGGCUCCGAGAGUCAUGGCGACCGCAGCGUCUAACCACUACAGCCUGCUCACCUCCAGCGCCUCCAUCGUGCACGCCGAGCCGCCCGGCGGCAUGCAGCAGGGCGCAGGGGGCUAUCGCGAGGCGCAGAGCCUGGUGCAGGGCGACUACGGCGCGCUGCAGAGCAACGGGCACCCGCUCAGCCACGCUCACCAGUGGAUCACCGCUCUGUCCCACGGCGGCGGGGGCGGCGGCGGCGGCGGCGGUGGAGGAGGCGGGGGCGGCGGCGGGGGAGGCGGCGACGGCUCCCCGUGGUCCACCAGCCCCCUAGGCCAGCCGGACAUCAAGCCCUCGGUGGUGGUACAGCAGGGCGGCCGAGGCGACGAGCUGCACGGGCCAGGAGCGCUACAGCAGCAGCACCAACAGCAGCAGCAGCAGCAGCAACAGCAACAGCAGCAGCAACAGCAGCAGCAGCAGCAACAACAACAGCGACCGCCACAUCUGGUGCACCACGCUGCCAACCACCACCCCGGGCCCGGGGCAUGGCGGAGUGCCGCGGCUGCAGCUCACCUCCCUCCCUCCAUGGGAGCGUCCAACGGCGGUUUGCUCUACUCGCAGCCCAGCUUCACGGUGAACGGCAUGCUGGGCGCAGGAGGGCAGCCGACUGGGCUGCACCACCACGGCCUGCGGGACGCGCACGACGAGCCGCAUCAUGCAGACCACCACCCGCAUCCGCACUCUCACCCGCACCAGCAACCGCCCCCGCCACCUCCCCCACAAGGCCCACCGGGCCACCCAGGCGCACAUCACGACCCGCACUCCGACGAGGACACGCCGACCUCAGACGACCUGGAGCAGUUCGCCAAGCAGUUCAAGCAGAGGCGGAUCAAACUAGGAUUUACUCAAGCAGACGUGGGGCUGGCGCUGGGCACCCUGUAUGGCAACGUGUUCUCGCAGACCACCAUCUGCAGGUUUGAGGCCCUGCAGCUGAGCUUCAAGAACAUGUGCAAGCUGAAGCCUUUGUUGAACAAGUGGUUGGAGGAGGCAGACUCGUCCUCGGGCAGCCCCACCAGCAUAGACAAGAUCGCAGCGCAAGGGCGCAAGCGGAAAAAGCGGACCUCUAUCGAGGUGAGCGUCAAGGGGGCUCUGGAGAGCCAUUUCCUCAAAUGCCCCAAGCCCUCGGCCCAGGAGAUCACCUCCCUCGCGGACAGCUUACAGCUGGAGAAGGAGGUGGUGAGAGUUUGGUUUUGUAACAGGAGACAGAAAGAGAAAAGGAUGACCCCUCCCGGAGGGACUCUGCCGGGCGCCGAGGAUGUGUACGGGGGGAGUAGGGACACGCCACCACACCACGGGGUGCAGACGCCCGUCCAGUGAACUCAAGAGGGGGAGGGGCAGAGCGUGGGACUCCCCCUCCCCUUCGGUCCGUGGUCCUUCCCAGGACCUCUGUUUCCCCCUCUAACUUCUGAUCUUUUUGUUUUUUAAUUAUUAUUUUCCCGGUCCCUUAAAAAAGGAAAAAAAAUAGUGAAAAUAAGGGAAAAGGAAAGGAACGAAGACACUGGACUAUCCUAUAACAGGUAGCUGGAGUAAUGAUGGGCUUUGACCUUUGCAAACGAGUUCCCAGAAAAUGAAGUAGAAUGUCUCCUAGUGAGAGAGGGGAGUAGAGUGUGUGUGUGUGUGUGUGUGUGUGUGUGUGUGCGUGUGUGUGUGAGAGAGAGAGAGAGAGAGAGAGAGAGAGAGAGAGAGAGAGAGAGAGAGAGAGAGAGAGAGAGAGAGAGAGAAAGCUGGAAAAACUAAGUAAAUUACCAAAAAGAAAAAAAAUCCACCAAACCGUACAAAACAUAAAACUGCAGCCUCCCCAUGCCCAAAGCUGACACGUGCUGCUGUGUUUAUUUAACAUGGGUCCCCAUCAGGAAAGAGGGAAAAAUACACUUUUUUAAAACAUAGGCAAGUUUUAACCACACAAAUUUGCACUGCAAGAAAAUUGAAGUUUACAUUACCAAGUUCAGCAUCCUUUUUUUCUCAGUAACCACUGUUCAUUUUGAAACUGUCCUUGGGUUGUUUAGUUUUGCCUUAUCCUUAUCCAGCAGAGAGGACCGAAGCAGCUCUUGGCCACCCUCCACUUCUAGUGCUCUGAUGCUCCUUGUUCUUACUGCUUGUGAACUUAGGUUUUCUUCAAACCCCCAAGACCUGGUGUAACAUUUAUCGGCCCUUUUCUUCAAAGCGGAGUGAUUGGCUUCAUAUCACAAAAUAAAUAAAUGUUUGCAUUCAGGAAAUGUGUAUGGUUUCCCUGCUUUAUGCAAGGCAGAAAUACUGUUCGGAAUAUAAAUGUAAGAGUCAAGCACUGGUUUUUGUAAACCACAGAGUAAACUUCAUUUUCAGGCAGUAUUUCUGGGUAGGGGAGAAAAAGAAAAAAUCGAUAGUGAGUGACCGGUCACUUCAUUUUAUCAGGCAGGGCCGUUGUGAAAGAGUUCAGAAGAAAUGCGAGGUUAAAUAUAUUGCUAGAGUUGCCCAACCUAAAGAAACUGGGACUGCUGAAGAGAAUUGGGAAACACAGUGUGGUUCUCUGCCUUUGGGUUCAAUAACUUAAUUAUAAGAGAUUAGUUGUGAUGACAGCAGUGGUUAAACUUUGUCCCUUUACUAGGUCUUUUUUUUUAUCGUAAAGAAAAUAACCCAGGAACUUGAUAACAUAUGUAUAGACUGUGUUUCUUAGCACGCAAUUGCAUACAGUAUAUAUACAUAUAUAUAUAUAUACAUAUAUGUGAAUAUAUAUGUGUAUGUUGAUAUAUAUAUAUAUGAUAGACAGUUUUGUCUUCAACAGUUCAUUUGUUUAUCAAGUCAUAUUUUUGGUCUUACACCAUCUUUCCCCCAUAAUUUAUUACAGAAAGGUAUCAGUUCAGCUUGGACAGAGUUCUCCCCCUCUAUCACUAAGGAAGACAAAUGCAGGAGGGGGACAUUUUUCAACACUUAUUUCUGCCCCCUUUGUUAAGAAUUUUUCAGUACAUUUUUUUACCCUGUCUCAAUGGGAAAUGGUUUACUCCCAACACAAUAGAAUAUUCUGAAAGGUGUAGGUAAAAAAAGAAACAACCAAAAAAGAGAAAAAAAACACAAAUAAAAAAGCUUAUGACUAUAUUAAAAUUAACACCACUAAACUGUGAUCAGUUAAAAAAUUAAAUAGUUAUCAGCACAAAAGGGCGGUAAAAGGGAAAAGACUUUUUUAGUAACCUUCAAUGUUUAGAGUUGUAUUUCUUUGUUAGGUAUUAGAUAAAUGUUUAUUUUAAAAAAAUAAAUUCUCACUACCAUGAAAAUAUGGUUCAACAUCAGAUUAGCAUUGCACUCAGUAGUUAAGGUUUUAGGAAAUAUGCUUUAUCCAAUAUUGUCUUUUCAAACACCUGUGAUUUUUUCAUUUUCAAUGUUUUUUGCAAGAUAAAUGGUGGCUUAUAAUGGGCAUGUUUAUUUGCCUGUAUUUCAUUUCCCCCAGUGAAUGCCACUGGAGAUGGCAUAGAGCUAUUUCAGUUAUAUCACACUGCUUGGUCCUGAUGUGUGGGGACUAGCCUUCAGUGAAGCAAUCCAGAGGAGGGCAAAUAGCCAAUGGUAAAAGGAGGAAAUGAAUUUGCAGAUACUUAUUACCAAGUAGGUAAGGUUAGAAGCUGGGAUUCCGAGGAGGUGUCUACAGCUUCUUGCUCUCAUAGGCUUACAAAAAUAAAAAGUUACCACUGAACCUUACCAUAUGUAUAUAUGUUUAAUAUCUGUCUUUUGAAAUGCAGAAAUAGUUUAAAUGUUUCUUUGUCUAUUUUUCUUUUUUUAAUGCUACCCAGGGAAAUAUUUUCAUAUCGUUUUAUGUGGCCUGCCUCAAUGUAUAUUUAUUUCUUUUGGAGCAAAAGGUUCUGAAAACUGGUUUUCUGUAGCUUUAAAUGAGUAGGUAGCAAGAUCUAUAUGGGAUGUCAUUUUUUUGUUGUUGUUGUUCAGUUUCUUUUUUUAAAAAUGCUUUGUUUUGGUACAUUUGAUUGUGCUUGUGGGGAAAAUAAAAGCGCAGAGAUCCUUAUAUAUUUAUGUUAAAGUAAUAUUUUAUUAUUACAUAAAACAGAAAUGCACAAUACCUUCAUAGUUUGUUCUAAUUAUUGAAAUAUCUUUAUUUUAUUUUAAAAGAUAGUGCCAAGUUCUAAGAGGGGGAGAAGCCCUACCUAGACCUUAUACUUAUACUGAGCUGAGUUGUGUAUAAAUCACUUCCCUUCCUUUAUACUUCAUAAAGUUUUGGAAUAAAUUUUAUGCAUAUAUUGCCAGCUUUCAUGUUUAUAACUUCCAAAAAUAUUUACUUAAUUUUUUUAAUGAAGACUACUGUUUGGACUUUUCUUUUCAGAAACUAUCGUGGGUCCCAAGUAUUUCCUUCACUGCCUUAUUGCAUUAAAUCAAAAUUGUCAUUCGGUUGGAGCAUCAAUUUGUUUGCCAUUUCCUGGACCAACAAAAACAUUUGCCUUGCAAAUACAUGCCCAUGUUCCUAUACCUUCCUUCCAGGUUAGCUGCUCCUUUGCUAAUGCCAGUUUAAGGAAGCAUCAGUGGAGCUAGAUGGACUUUAACCUCUACUCACGUGUCCUUAGAUAAUUUGGGAUCUUCCGAAAAGUGAGACUUAGCUAGAAAUUAUUCUUCAUAAUUAGCAAAUAUCUUUCAACAACAAAAAUGCCAUUUAUGUGUUUGUCAAAUAAUUAAAAAUAGAUACUGCUUGUUGUUCCUCUUAGAUGUACAGGGAAAGACACUUUUUACAACCCUUUUUGCAACAGUGUUUCUUUCUUAUUAGGUAAACAACAACAACAACAGCAACACUCCAAAUUAAAAAAGGAAGGAAAGAAUGUAUGGAAGAGAUCCAAGCCAUAGUACUAAUGGUUUGUUUCAGGUGUUAGAUAGAGCACCGAACUUAAAAAAACCAAAACAAACAAAAGAACUUUUGAUGUUAGUGAGGGGUUCAAACAGUGUGGGCUUAGUUUAUAAGUUGGCUGGUGUAUUUAAAAUCCUCCCUGGAACACUGACUUAAAAUACAAAUGUCCGUUUAGGAAAGUAGUUUCUGGGCUUAUUACCUCUGAUCAUCCUUUCUAAUUCCUAGUCAAUAUUACAUGGGUCCCAAACAGAUUCUGCCAAAUGAUCUUAUCAAUAGUCUGAACAAGAAGUGACAGAAAGAAGAAGUGUUUUGUGACCGCAGACAUGCUGAUGGGUAAAAUGUUUAAGCUAGGUAUAGAUUUGAGUUCUGGGUCAAUAUCCCUCUGCUGAAGGCAGAAAGCAAGCUGCAUCUGCCCUCUGCAGGGCAUUUUGGUGGACCUUGGGAAAGCAUUUUUGUUUUUAGCCACAACAGCUAAGAACAGACCAAGAAACAUCACACACUAAACAGAAACACUAUAUUCCUGACACAUGCUGGCCAUUUGGGUUCUAAAGAUUUUCUGGUAGCUUCCAUGCUUGUCUUAGAAUGUAUUGCCCACUACUUAAAAAAAAAAAAGUCAGAGCCAUGAUUACAAAUGGAGCAAUUGUGAGAUACUGGGAAGUCAUCUCUAUCCUAAAGACAAAAAUGUAGUGUUUGUGUUUGCUCAAAACAUGCCAUAUUUUAUAUGCAUGUGUGUAUAUAAUGGGGAGGAAAUGGUCAUAUCAGAAAGAGUAUGUGAAGGUCAUAGGAAAGGAAUGGACACAAAUAAUAUUAUGCUUGGUGAUUUUAAACAUUCUCAGUUCCCAUGAAGAAAUGUCCUGUAUGUUUCAGAUAGCAGCAACAAAACCACCUCCCUGUUCCCUCCUCUUCCUGUUCGUACACUAGCAGGCAGAAUUUUUGGUGAAAUGGUUUUGACGAAGGCUCUCAUCUAUCUUCUUAUUUGUCUAAAAAAAUAAUAAAAUGAGGGAGCAGUAAUGGUCCAGACAUGUGAUGUCUUCACUCGCCUUUUAGUUUCCUUAUGGAUACUUUAGCAUCUCUGAGAGUGUUCUGGGGAGCCUGAUGAGAUUAUCUUUUCAUUUCUUCUCUCUUUGGUUUGUCUUUGUUGAUUUUUCAAUUAAUUCAUGGAACUAUGUUUUACAUUCUAUUGAAUUCCCUUACAAAUUAAAGAAUGGAAUGAAUGAUAGAGUUUGCACAGAAAAAAGAGAGAAGGGUGGUGAAGUGGGGAUGUCCUUGGUUCUCCUUGUAUUUUUCAGGGGUAAAGCAAAGGAAUGGUGUUUAUUUCAAGUGAAAGGGGGACCUGCAUCCGGAAGUACUAUGAAUCUUGACAAUGUGACUAAUGGCCUAUUCAUCUGGAUUUCAGAUAAAUAUUUUCUCUUCAGGAAAGUUUAUUUUUUAAAAUGAUACACAGUCUCUGAAUGGGAUUCAAAAGGCAGUAGAAAACCACUGGGGAUUCUCAUGGCUAUUUCCACCACUUGAUUCAGGAUAGGAAAAAAAAAGUGGCAAGGGUCUGCCACCCAGCUCACCAAUUCAAGGAAUCAAUUGGCCCACGUUUCCAGAACGUGGGCCAAUGUUUUUUCAAUGUCUGCUUAUCUAGAGACAAGUACUGGAGUGUGGAAAUGGCUUUCAGAUGCUUCCAGGCUUUGCUUGGGUGUGGAGAUAAACAAUCAGAAUGUUUUCACAUUGUUCUGGCGUUUGUGGGAGGGGAGGAACCCAGAACAUGUAUCCCCUUCUUUUAAAAAGUUAAUCAACUUUAUUAUGUAGUACCUUUCCUGGACCUUAAUGACACUGCUGCUCCACUUAGCUGUUAGAGGUUAUUAGAGACAAUAUCACAUCCCAUCAAAACAGUCUAGUCUCUUAUUGUUCCUAGGAUUCUGAUUGUUGGUAACAUUAAGAUGUAUUUCCUUUUAAAAAAAUGUCUGCUAUGUUAUUUAAUACACCAGUAAAAGUGCAUCUAUAUCUUAAA